AAUAUACCCUCCGAAGAUUUUAUUGGUAAUUUUCCGCCAAUAGAAGAGUUUAAGAUAUAUGAUGUGUGGUUUUACAGUAAACCUGAGUUUGAUACAUCAACGAAUAAAGAAACGCGUCAUACAUUACCCAGUGCCAGAGUUUACUUACUUGGAACGC